AUGAGCACUGAAAACCUUCCUUUUUCUGCCAAAGAGCACCAGGACGAUGGCAAAGUGCAUAUCAUCUUGGCCGCGAGCGGAUCGGUCGCUACAAUAAAACUCCCCAACAUUGCGGAGGCUCUUGGACGUCACCCGAAUGUGUCAAUUCGCAUUAUUGUAACCCAGUCAGCAGAAAAGUUCCUCGUGGGCCAAAGCCGGGAGCAACCUCAACUUGAAAAACUGCGCGAAAUUCCUGGUGUGGAUGCCAUAUACCGCGAUGAAGAUGAAUGGAAAAACACCUGGACCCGGGGGGCUUCUAUUUUGCAUAUUGAGUUGAGGAAAUGGGCUCAUUUGCUUCUUGUCGCCCCUCUUUCUGCGAAUACGAUGGCGAAGAUGACAAUUGGGAUCUCAGACAACCUCCUUCUUUCUGUUAUUAGAGCAUGGGAUACAACCGGGAUGGUAGACUGCGGUUUCAAGGAUAAAAAGCCUUUAGUCUUCAUCGCCCCUGCUAUGAACACCGCGAUGUGGAACCACCCAGCCACAGGAAAGCAGCUAGAGAUUUUACGAAAUGAAUGGGGUUGGAGUGAUUCAAAUAAGGACGGUUGGGUGUAUUAUCUGCCCCCGAUGGAGAAGCCGCUUGCUUGUGGCGAUACCGGAAAUGGAGCCAUGAUGGACUGGAGGGAAAUAGUUGAGAUGGUGGAGCAUUACAUGGGAUUGCAAGCAUGA